GGCACCCCUGCGUGGGCAGGGCCCUGGCCCGUAACAGGAGCUGUGCUGCUUAGUACGGGCUGCACAAUGCUGUCCCACACCCCAGGGCCUCAGCUGGGCCAGGAGCCCGAGCCAGUGGAGGACUGUGUGCAGAACACGCUCUCAGCCCUGUACCCACCCUUUGUGGCCACAGCACCCACGCUGCUGGGGCAGGUGUUUGAGGUAGUGGAGCGGACGUACCGGGAGGAUGCCCUGCGCUACACCAUUGAGUUCCUCAUACCUGCCAAGCACAUCCUGGCACGCAUUCAGCAGGAGGCCUGUGCCCAGUACAGCGGGUUUGUGUUCUGUCAUGAGGGCUGGCCGCUCUGUCUGCACGAGAAGGUGGUGGUGCAGCUCAGCUCCCUGCCCUGGCAGCAGCUGUGUCCUGGUGACUUCUACCUGCAGGUGGCCCCCUACCUGUCCCGUGCCCCCCGUCUGGUGCUCAAGUGCCUGUCGCCGGACGGGCGCAGCGUUCAGGAGCUGCCGGUGCUGCCUGACGCCUACCCCUUCCUCUUCACUGCUGAGUGGCUGAACGGCAUCAACAAAGACCGGCGGGCCGGGCGGCUGGAGCGUUGCCUGCUGGCAGCUGAAGAGCGGAUUCUGCGCCUGCCCUGGACCGAACUCAUCUGCCCGCAGUUUGUGCACCAGGGCAGCUUCAUGGUGGGGCGGCGUUGCCUGCCGGGCCCCAGCCCUGAGGUGCUGGGGGCUCGCAGCCCUGGGGACGGGCGCCACUCAGGCGGGGAGAGCCAGGAGGCAGAGGGUGGGGGCCUGGAGGGGGAGUACGUGCAGCUCCUGGAAAUCAGCCCACCCCGGCACAACGCCCCCCCAACCCCAGUGUCCCCCAGUUCCCAGAGCCGUACCCUGCCUGCCCGCAAGGGCCAGGGCAAGGGCCGCAACCGGCGCCACCGUGCCUGGCUGCACCACAAGCCCAGCCGGGAGGAGACUCUACCCAGGAACCGGCCCCGCAGAACCUGGGAAGGGGGGUGGCCAGGGGCGGAUCCCGGCCAAGCAGGGCUCCUCCGGGGCUGGGACCUACAGAGGCCAUACGGGGAGACUGGAGGGCCGAGGGCCAGCCAGGGGGAUGGGCAGGAUCGGGGGGGCCCUGCACACAAAGUGGCAGCACAGAGUCGGGGCAAAGAGGGGCAUCUGCCUGGGGAGAGAUGGUGGGGAGGAGACACUGGGGAGAGGGUAGGGAAUCCCACCCUGGGGGAUGAGCAUCAGGGUGGGGACCCUCCGGAGGGGCAGCGGGGAGGGGAUCCCAGCCUCAAGAAGGAGCAGCAGGGCGGGGACUCUGAGGUGAAGAAGCGAGAUGGAGUCCCUGGGGAGAGGCAGCAAGGAGGGGAUUACAGCCUCGGGGAAGUACAGCGGAGCGGGUACCCUGAGGAGAAGCAGCGGGAUGGGGUCCUUGGGGAGAGGCAGCAAGGAGGGGAUUGCAGCCUCGGGGAGGUACAGCGGAGCGGGGACCCUGGCCCCCCAGCCAUCUCUCCCCAGCCCAGUACUGUGGCUGAGGUGCAGGGGCUCAGUGAGGGAGCGGGGCAGGCAGCAGGGCCAGCUGCAUGGCCUAGCCCCAGGCAACGGGAACAGAGCCAAGGCCUUCCAAGGCCGAGCAGCCCCCGGCACGAGGCUCCCAGCCCGGACCUGAGGCCAGCCAGAGCAGAGCCACCAGGAGCCAGGACUAGCCCCCAGCAAGGAGUCAUUAGGGACUCUGCUCCAGGGCUGCCACACCGGGCUGCCAAGGGCAACCGCAGGAGGAGAAAGUGGGGGGGGAGAGGCUGCCCCACCAGUGUGGAAUGGAAGGAGCCUGGGUCUCCUGGGGCAGGGGUGGGGGAUGCCCCAGCUGGCACCAAAGAGGGGGGUAUCCCUGCUGGCACUGGGCUCCCUGUUGUCCCCAUCCCAGGAGAGGGGGACAUCCCCUCGAGCACCAAAAAGGAGGGCAGCCCCUCUGGCACCAGACUGCCCAUUGCCCCCACCCCAGGAGAGGGGGCCAUCCCCUCCAGCAGCACAGAGCCGGACAGCCCCUCUGGCACCAGACUCCCCAUUGCCCCCACCCCAGGAGAGGGGGCCAUCCCCCCCAGCAGCACGGAGCCAGACAGCCCCUCUGGCACCGGACUCCCCAUUGCCCCCACCCCAGGAGAGGGGGCCAUCCCCUCCAGCAGCACAGAGCCGGACAGCCCCUCUGGCACCAGACUCCCCAUUGCCCCCACCCCAGGAGAGGGGGCCAUCCCCUCCAGCAGCACAGAGCCGGACAGCCCCUCUGGCACCAGACUCCCCAUUGCCCCCACCCCAGGAGAGGGGGCCAUCCCCUCCAGCAGCACGGAGCCAGACAGCCCCUCUGGCACCGGACUCUCCGUUGCCCCCAACCCAGGAGAGGGGGCCAUCCCCCCCCGCAGCACGGAGCCAGACAGCCCCUCUGGCACCGGACUCUCCGUUGCCCCCACCCCAGGAGAGGGGGCCAGCCCCCGCAGCCGCACGGAGAGAGGGGGCCAUCCCCCCCAGCCCAGAGGAAGAGACUUGUGCUGA